UUAAGUCCACGCGUUUAUAUCUCCGCGUUGAGUCGUUCAUGAAGUUUCUGUUUGAGGACGUGGCUCCUUUCUUCAGCUAGCUAACGCGCACGCUAGCUAACUUACGUGUCAGUCGCCUCUCCUGAACCGAACACCGAACUCCGUGGACAUUUCUCUCGGAUGAAGUCGGCUGUGUCUGACAAACUUUAACCCUACAUGCGAUACGAAUUCCCGUCUUUUUUUCUUCCUUACGACCACCUUAUCGUGCGUGUAUUUAAACUAUGAUGAGGUUUUUAGUAACGAUGCUACGGCCACGUGUUGAUGGCUGCUACGCAGCCCUGUCACGUUUUGUGUACACAAUUAUACAUAAUCAUUUGCUGCUCUAAUUUAACGAUCAUGACCUCAAGGGCACCUUCAUUUGUUGAAUAUGUCUGGGCCGCCAGAAAGGAAUAAAACCGCAACCACCUGUGUUUGUGCAAAAAAAGUCGACGAUGCUUCACUCCAAGGAGAGCGUGAGAGGCCGGAAGAAAUGCCAGCAGAACGUAAGAGCUGCCAACACGAAGAGGAAAACAACUGACAACCAGAACAAAAGCCUGGAUACAAAUAAACCGCUCAAAAAAGCGAAAUCGAUCAAUGCCGACCAGGAAAGUCAAACUCUUCUAAACGUUGCAAACCAGACGGGCGAUGUCUCUAACCGUGGACCCGCUGAGCCUCAAGCGUCCGAGCACCACGGCCUAGACGCCGCCCUGAAAGACAGCUGGGAAAUGGACAGUGGAUUCUCCUCCGAGGUGAGCCCCCCGGCCAGCGGGCGGAGCUCGCCGUGUCCCUUCCGCUCCAUCACGGUGGUGGCGUUGGACUGUGAGAUGGUCGGGACGGGGCCCGGCGGGCGCUGGAGCGAGCUGGCCCGCUGCAGCAUCCUGGACUACCACGGCAACGUGCUCUACGAUCAAUACGUCAGGCCGCGCCGGCCCGUCACCGACUACAGGACCCGCUGGAGCGGCAUCCGGAGGAAGGACCUGCUCAACGCAGUCCCCUUCGCCCAGGCCAGGGAGGAGAUCCGCACCAUCCUCGAGGGGAAAGUGGUCGUCGGCCACGCAAUCUACAACGACUUUGAGGCGUUGGACAUGCGCCACCCGGGUCACAUGAUCAGGGACACGUGCACGACGCCCCACCUCAGCCGGUUGGCGAGUUUCCCCAACAGCCGCUUCUCCUCCCUCAAGGUCCUCGCCGGCAGGCUGCUGAGCAGGAGGAUACAGGUGGGGAGCAAAGGUCACUGUUCGGUGGAGGACGCGCUGGCCGCCCUCGACCUCUACAAGCUGGUGGAGGGCGAGUGGGAGCGGGAGCUGGAGAGCCAGCUGAGGGACGACGAAGCGCCGCGAGAGCCCAGCUUCGCCUCCUCCAACCACUACAUGCAGGACGAGUACUGGCCCAACAGCGUCGUCGGCGACGGCCAAUGAGAGGAGAGCGCUCCUUACGCCCCGUGACAUCACACGGGGGGGGGGGGGGGAUUUUCACUCGCCACAGAAACUCUAGAUAAUUAAUGUGAGGAGUUUGACUACAAAACAAAGCUGGAUUAAAAGUGAAUUCAAGUCAAUGAUCUUUAUUGUUGGCACGUGCACCAUCACGUUGUUCAACAUGGUUGGAUUUUCUGAGGCAACUUCUUUGCUGCGAUGGCAGAUAUUUUACCUGCACAGUUUGUUGUUACAGAUACUUUGGCUCUUUAAACUGGGGGUGGAUUAAGUUAUUAUAUGAAUAGUAAGAAGUUUUUCUCUUACUUUAAAUGUAAUUAUGCAGAGAACUGAUCCUGGGACACGGAUAACAUUUUGGAAAACACAAACUGCCCUUCUUAUUUGAGCUAGUUUUAAAAAAUGCUAUUAUCAAACCAGGUGAAGCUUUUCGAAGGGAAACACAUUUUUUAAAACUAGUUUAACCUGUUGCAGGUCUUCUAUUGCUGUGGAUCAUUACCUCUCACUGUGAGCUGCUCUAAAAUGUCCUAAUAAAACGGCUUGUGGUUCAAAUGAAA